CUCUAGCCGUUACUUUAACCCUUGCCUACUCAAUGAGGAAAAUGAUGGCAGAUAAGGCUUUGGUGCGGAGGCUUUCUGCCUGUGAAACCAUGGGCAGUGCAACUACAAUUUGUAGUGACAAGACUGGAACCUUAACUAUGAAUCAGAUGACGGUGGUAGUGGCUUGUGUUGGUGGGAAAAAAGUUGAAUCUCCAGACAGCUGGUUGGAGUUAUCUCCCCUGCUUACAUCCCUGCUCAUUGAAGGCAUUGCACAGAAUACGAAUGGCAGUAUAUUUGUCCCCGAGGGUGGAGGAGAAGCAGAGGUUUCUGGAUCUCCAACAGAGAAGACAAUUCUCACUUGGGCAGUCAAGCUUGGGAUGGAUUUUGAAGCUGUUCGGUCAGAAUCUACUAUUAUCCACGUCUUCCCAUUCAACUCUGAGAAAAAGAGAGGCGGCGUGGCUCUGGAAUUGCCUGACAGUCAAGUCCAUAUACACCGGAAGGGGGCUGCAGAAAUCAUCUUAUCUUCAUGUACUAAGUACAUUGAUGAAAAUGACCAUACGGUGGUGAUGGAUUACAGCAAGGUGAAUUUUUUUAAGAAAGCUAUUGAAGAUAUGGCUGCUAGUAGUUUGCGUUGUGUUGCCAUUGCAUAUAGACCAUUCGAGAGAAGCGAAAUUCCAGUUGAUGAAGAGCAGCUAUCUCAGUGGAAAUUGCCCGAAGAUGAUCUUAUUUUGCUGGCUAUUGUUGGUAUUAAGGAUCCAUGUAGGCCUGGUGUCAAAGAAUCAGUGAGACUAUGUCAAAAUGCUGGUGUGAAGGUGCGCAUGGUCACCGGUGACAAUAUCCAGACUGCUAGAGCAAUUGCUUUGGAAUGUGGGAUACUUUUUUCAGAUGAAGAUGCUGUGGAGCGCAACAUUAUUGAAGGAAGAGUGUUUCGUGCUCUAUCAGAUGAACAAAGAGAAGAGAUUUCUGAGAAGAUAUCGGUUAUGGGACGAUCUUCUCCUAAUGACAAGCUUCUGCUUGUGCAAGCACUGAAAAAUCGGGGACAUGUUGUGGCUGUAACCGGUGAUGGCACUAAUGAUGCUCCGGCAUUAAAUCAGGCUGAUAUAGGUCUUGCAAUGGGCAUUCAAGGGACAGAAGUAGCUAAAGAAAGCUCAGAUAUUAUUAUCUUGGAUGACAAUUUUGCCUCAGUUGUGAAGGUUGUUAGAUGGGGCCGAUCUGUAUACGCAAAUAUUCAGAAGUUCAUACAGUUUCAGCUUACAGUCAAUGUUGCUGCUCUUGUUAUAAAUGUUGCGGCUGCAGUUUCUUCUGGCAAUGUUCCACUAAAUGCUGUGCAGCUUCUCUGGGUUAAUCUGAUUAUGGACACCCUUGGAGCGCUAGCAUUGGCUACUGAACCACCAACAGAUCAUCUUAUGCAUAGGCCUCCAGUUGGUCGAAGGGAGCCUCUUAUAACUAAUAUCAUGUGGAGGAACCUGUUAAUACAGGCUUUUUAUCAAGUGUCUGUAUUACUUGUCCUCAAUUUCCGGGGGAGGAGUAUACUAGAUUUGGAGCAUGACAACAUUGAGCAUGCGAACAAAGUGAAGAAUACAUUGAUAUUCAAUGCUUUUGUCCUCUGCCAGGUCUUUAAUGAGUUUAAUGCUAGAAAGCCGGACCAGAAAAAUAUUUUUAAAGGGCUUACUAAAAACCCUCUCUUUAUUGGAAUAGUGGGGUUCACUGUUGUUCUUCAGGUUAUGAUCAUUUUCUUUCUUGGGAAAUUUACUUCUACAGUUAGACUGAAUUGGCAACAAUGGCUGAUUUCGAUUGUUAUUGCUGCUAUCAGUUGGCCUCUUGCUGUAGUUGGAAAGCUGAUACAUGUUCCCGAAACGCCAUUGCAUGAGUUCUUUACAAGAAGUCGUGGAAAGAGAAAUUCUGAGAGUUAGGCACUGAAGAUUUCUUGCUGUAGUAACAUCAGUUUGUACUUUUCAACUUUGCUGACUGAGUGGGUUAUUCCGGACGUACCUUCUUACCUUCUCAAAUUUAUACAACAGAGUUGCAAGGGCCAAGGAGUUUGAUAUAACUUCAGCUUACCAUCUUUAGAUGUCCACUACUAACAACGUGACUAACAGAAGAAGUGGCCUCUGUUAAGCCAUCUACCCAUCGGUUUUUGUUUUUUUUUUUUGGGUGUUUGGGUUUUCAUGCAGUUUUUUUUUGUUGGUAUGCUGUUAGAUUCAGACCAAUGAAUUCAUGGGAGGAAUGCUUUUUUCUUAUGUACAAAAUUGACGACUCUUUAAUACAUAAUAUGUUAAUGGUGUGAUU